CCGUAAUCAUCAAACCGCCCGAAAAGGCAACAGGGGUAUGAUCCGUGGGCCGCCACUCCCUCACUCUCGACAACUCGUAGCCUCUUCUGUGAUUAGAUAAAAGAAAGAUAAUUACAACGCCGCAGCAAAAUUGCCGGCCUCUCUGUGCUCCGUUUGAAAUCUCUGGACUACCAAAUCUAUAGCACAGACCCAAUCUUUCUCUGCGUUUCAAUCGCCUUCGUUAGAUCUACGCCAAAGCUUUCAUAUACUCCGCUGUACGAAGUCAACUGCUCCUCUCCUCUUCUCGAUCGCAUCUCCAACCCUAGCUAACACUCUGAUCAAUUUUGGAAAUUUUGACAGUUUACUGCAAUUCGAACUACUACUUUUGGUGAAAAAUUCGCCGAAUUUGUUCAGUAUGAAAGCGAGAAAGUCCGCCAAGUCCAAUCUUCAGCAGCAGCACCAGAACGGGCACUUGUCUCCGUUCAAGUUCGCGAAGUUGUUGGAUCCGGAGGCUUCUUGGGACAAGGAUCAACUAGGAGAUGUAUUGCAUUGGAUUCGACAAGUGGUAGCCCUCAUAUGUGGGUUGCUUUGGGGAGCCAUUCCCUUAGUUGGGGGCAUAUGGAUUAUUGUGUUUCUGGUUAUUUCCUCUGGGAUUAUAUAUGGAUAUUAUGCAAUGAUAUUAAAGGUUGAUGAAGAAGAGUUUGGCGGUCAUGGAGCUCUCCUUCAGGAGGGUCUCUUUGUUUCUAUAAUGCUCUUUUUGCUUGUUUGGACUCUAGUAUACAGCUUGGCACACUUCUGAUUGGACUCUGGCCGAGGACUACCUAUGUGAUCGUUGAAUUGUCUUAACACUUUUGUUUGUCCGAGCUUUCAACUUUCUGCAUUGAAAACUUGGAAGUUCCAUGAUCUUCAUUGUUAAAUUUCGGGAUUUAUAUUUCAUGAUUGUGCAGAACUUAGUUUUGCAAUGUAUGGGAUGGAAAUAGUUGCUUUCAGGUCAAGGUAGAUCAGCUGUUUCCAUGAUAAUAUACAUUGUUUGUUCAUCAAGCCGUGGAAUGUGGCAGAUUGUGUCUGUAUUCUAACAUGUGAAAGUUUUGUUUUCGCUGUCUUCGUUGGCAUUUCUGGUGGGCAUUGUAAAAGUGACAAUGUUCUGCAAUAGAACACAGAGAAUAAUGCAGAUCAGGAUUUUUCGCUUU